AUGUUAACACGUUCUUCGGCACCAAAGAAAAGAAGUUCAGACUCUAGCUCUAAAAACUUAUCUCCUUCUUCGCCUAUUGGACCUCAGGAAUUGAUAUUUCGUAAUUUCCGUCUUCGUCGAAUUGUUAAAGAAAAUCAUGGUCAUGAUAUAAAUCAAUUGGCUUUUUUUUUCAAUUUAAAUCAUUAUACUGCACCAGUUGGCGCUCUAUACAAGAAAAAAUUUAAUAAACUUGGAUACGUUGAAAGAAAUGUUAGAGAUACCAGCAACGUUUUGGCUAGUUCGAAUAUUUAUGACAAUGAGCAUUGUGGGGACCAUUUAGAUAUUAUGUCAAAUUUCGUUGUAGGAAACAAUUUGAAUUUGGAGUCUGGGGAAUUAAUGACGUGCUGUUGGUUACAUCGAGACGAUGAUGCAUUACUUGCUUUAGGUGGAAAAUCACGUGUCAUAUAUAUUAUCUCCAUUGCACUUUCCAGUACUCCGAGAACAUUAUGGGGGCAUACUGAUUGUAUUACGGAUAUUCAAAAACAUCCUAAAGACGAUCAACAUAUAUUGUCCGCAUCAAAAGACGCAACUGUACGACUUUGGUAUGUCGAUAGUGGCCAGUGUCUAUACGUGUUUCAAAUUAAGGCCUCAGUGACAUGCUGGCAUCCAUCUGGUCAAUCAUUCCUGACUGGAAAUUAUAAUGGAGAGAUUAGAAUUUGGCAAACUCCAGAUUUAUUAACACCACCGACCGAAUCAUUAAAUAUAACCGAAAACGAUAUUGAAACGCGAUCUAGAAAAUGUCACUCAAGUCAAAUAGAUUGCAUACGAUUUGCUAAUCAAAAUGUAAUAUCCAAAUCUUUAAGUGGUAAAAUCGAAUAUUGGAAUUAUGAUACACUAGAGGUAAUAAAAGCUUUUUCCAUUAAGAAUAAUUCUCCAAACAGAUCAAGAUUUGACGUGAGUCUUGACGAAAAUUUUUUGUGCGUGGGUACAAGUAAUGGAAGCGUCAACAUUUAUAAUAUUUUGAAUGGUAAACUAAUUUCAGAACUUAGUCAUCGUAGAUCAACAAAGGCUGUAAGGUGUUGUGCAUUUUCCAGAGAUUGCAAGCAAGUUAUUGCAGCUGGAGAAGAUGGUUACAUAUGGAGAUAUGAUUAUAUUAGUGACGAAACACUAGAGAUUAAUUAA